CGCGCCGCCGCCGCCCUCACCUGACCCUCGACCUCACGAUGGCGCGGAGCAAUCUGGUCAACGUCCUCCUCGUCCUCGGCCUCGCUCGCCUCGGCCGCGCAGCCAUGUCCGGAGCCCAGUCCUUCGUCUUCGACUUCACGAGCGACAUGGAGGGCUGGGCGUCCUACCGCGGCUCCUGGCGAUGGGCGGACCGCGCGCACCUCAACCACACGCUGCCCUCCGGCUCCUCGGACGACGGCUUCGCCCUCCUGGACGAGGCCAACAACAGCGACGAGCUCUACACGCCCUACGUCAGCGCCCCCUUCGGAGCCACCGCCGUCCUCAGGUUCUUCCUCCGGUCGCAGUGGCAGGGAUCCAACACCAUGUACGUCAGCCUCAUGGAGCCGGGACAGAGCAGCAAGCUGUUCCUGGAGCUGAGCCAUUACGGCUCGCCCAUGUCCAACAGCUGGGUCACGGUCUCGGGGGAAAUCCCGCCCAUGGACAACGAUGUGCUGAUGGCUAUUUUCUGUUACAAUGGCAACGCAGCGCCCGUUGGCUCUCUCAUGUACGGGUGUGCCAUUGAUCAGAUCGAGAUUGACAUCCAUGGUGAAGAGACAACAGCUGCUCCAACAGAGCCACAGACAACAGCUGCUCCAACAAGACACAACAGAGCCACAGACAACAGCUGCUCCAACAGAGCCACAGACAACACAACACAGACAACAGCUGCUCCAACAGAGCCACAGACAACAGCUGCUCCAACAGAACCAGAAACAACAGCUGCUCCAACAGAGCCACAGACAACAGCUGCUCCACAAACAGACAGCUCUACAGAGCCACAGACAACAGCUGCUCCAACAGCUGCUCCAACAGAGCCACAGACAACAGCUGCUCCAACAGAGCCACAGACAACAGCUGCUCCAACAGAGCCACAGACAACAGCUGCUCCAACAGAGCCACAGACAACAGCUGCUCCAACAGAAGCCACAACACAGCUGCUCCAACAAACAGACAACUGCUCCAACAGAGCCACAGACAACAGCUGCUCACAGACAACAGCUGCUCCAACAGAGCCACAGACAACAGCUGCUCCAACAGAACCAGAAACAACAGCUGCUCCAACAGAGCCACAGACAACAGCUGCUCCAACAGAGCACAAGACAACAGCUGCUCAACAGCUGCUCCAACAGAGCCACAGACAAGCUGCUCAACAGCUGCCAACAGAGCCACAGACAACAGCUGCUCCAACAGAGCCACAGACAACAGCUGCUCCAACAGAGCCACAGACAACAGCUGCUCCAACAGAGCCACAGACAACAGAAGCCCCCACGACCGAAGGACCGCCAGGACCACUCAUUUUUGAUUUCCAGUCCAGCGUUCAGGGUUGGACUCUGAGCGAGAUGAACGGAGCUGCCUGGCGGAGAGUCACCUUCGACAACACAGACCACGUCGUCACAGAGCCUCCUGAGGGGGCGAAGGUUUUGCAGGUCUUCCCUACCCACGUCUUCUCGGGGACAACCCUUGCUCAGAGUCCGUUGCUGGAGGCCGUUAGCGAGACUGUGAGGGUCAAGAUCACCUUCUGGAUGGAUGGGACGCAUGACUUCCCUACUCAGCUGAAGGUCAGGAAGCGAACUGACUUCAGUACAUUUGACAUCAAUCCUGUAAUGAACCUGGAUCCGUUUGGCGACCAGGAAAACCACAAAUGGAUUGCCUAUAGCGCCACCAUGAGAUAUAUGACCAUUGGUCAAACCUUCACCCUCAACUUAGAGGGAUCUCUUGGCAGCAACCCCAACAACUCUGUGGCCGUUAACAAGGUUGAAUUGGAAGGCGUGAAGGCUGUUCAGAAUGAUUUUGCUAACCUAGUGGACUUCGAGAAUGGUUUGUUCGGCUGGUCUACUGGCAACAUGGACGGCGGCCGCUGGGUGCUGCAGAGCUGGAGCGACCUGGAUCCCUCGCUGUACGUCCCAAAACCUUCUGACGGCAAGAACUUCCUCUUCGUGAACCGGUUCGACAUCCACUCAGGUGUGAUCUCGCUGGAAUCCCCACCUUUUCCAAUCCAAGCGGGUCAGCGGAAGAAAGUUCAUAUUAAGUUCUGGAUUCGUGGCUCAGUCGUCUACCCUGCAGCUCUCAGAUUACGUAAGAAGUCUGUAAAUGGCGCAUACGACGACCUCCCUUUCCUUAACCUUGCGGGGUACGGAGAUGUCGACAACCCUGACUGGAUUUUCCUCGAUAAACAAUAUUAUAUCCCUGUUGACGAAACGGAAGAUGCCUUCCAGAUUGUGGUUGAGGCAGAUCUCGGCAGCGACAUGAACAAUUUGGUCGCGCUGGACGAUCUACGAAUCAUCACCGAGUACAUUUCCGCCUAAGGACAGGGCAUAGGCCUACCUUCCGCUUAAAGGCAGGGCAUAGGCCUACCUACCGACAGUUCACCAAGAGUGGAUGGAUACGCUUUUGUUUAUAUUUUUCUUAAGACAGAAAAGAAGGAAGAUAAUCAACACAAUUAACAUACCAUGGUUAUUGUUAUGAGGAAAUAUAAUGCAUUUUGGUUUAUGUAUGAAUCAAUUUGGCUUAGUUAUUAUACCUAUUCACGUGUAUUUUUUAUGUACAUCCGACAAAUAAACUUUUAAAAUGAAAUUAAGAAAAAAUAUUUAUUAUAGCAACUUUCCGAGUUGCAUCUCUAAACGUGGGCCAGAAAUCCCAUAUUGCAGGUUCGUUGAGAGUGGCGAGUGGCAACUUAUUUUUUGCUCGUAUGAAUCCAUGACAGUAUAUGAAUCAAUAAUGUGGAUGUUGCAAACCUCAAAAGAAGCCCUUUGGUGUGGAAAAUAAAGC